UCCUCUCGUCUUUUGCAGAUGGCUCCCCGGGCGGCAGCAGCAGCAGCAGCGGCGGCAGCAGCAGCUCCGCCGAGCAGAACCUCCGCCGCUACCGCACCGCCUUCAGCCGCGACCAGCUGGCGCGCCUGGAGAAGGAGUUCCUCCGCGAGAACUACGUGUCGCGGCCGCGGCGCUGCGAGCUGGCCGCGCAGCUCCACCUGCCCGAGUCCACCAUCAAGGUGUGGUUCCAGAACCGUCGCAUGAAGGACAAGCGCAACCGCCUGGCGCUGGCCUGGCCGUACGCCGUGUACUCGGACCCCGCCCUGGCCGCCUCCAUCUUGCAGGCGGCCGCCGCCUCCGCGGGGGUGGGCGGUCUGCACGGACUCGCCGCCUUCAACCCCUACCCGCUGCCGCCCUACUACCACCCCCACGCGCACCCUCCACCGCCAUCCGUGCCCAGCUCCGUGCGAUACUCGCCCAUGCACUCUCACCCGGGCUUCCACCGGCCCGCGCCCGCCGCCCAGCCCCCCGUCAGCCUGGCCAGCGGGGUGUCCGGAGGCCCCGGAGGAGUGUCGCCGCUGAGGUCCCCGCUGGGGUCGCCGCCGUGCCCGACCAACCCGUUCCUGCGGCCCUUCCCGGGGCCCAUGGGCGGCAUGCCCCCCGCACCCCUGUCCAGCCCGCUGUCCAGCCCGCUGUCCAGCCCCAUGUGCCCGCUGCGCCUCAGCCGGCUCAGCCCGACGCACUCGGAGCACAGCUCUGGGACCGUGUCGCCCACCACCGUGUCGCCGACGGCCGCCUCCCCCACCGCCAUGUCGUCGCCCGCGGGGCCCGACGCCGCCGAUGACUGCGACGGCUCAGGCAGCUGCCGAUGUGGCAUCGUGAACUGUGUGGCCUCGUCAGCAGCGUCGUCCUCCUCGUCGCCCACCUCGGCCACUUUCACCUCCUCCGCGGCCGUGUCGAGGUUACUGAUGGCCUCGUCGCCGCCGGCGCCGCUGCCCCUGCCGGCGCACCGCGGCCUCAGCACCACCACCAUCACCUCCAGCGGAGUGACUGUUCACCACGAGCCGGAGCCGCCCAAGCUCUUCCAGCCCUACAAGACGGAGACGGCUUGAGCUCGUCACUCCCGGAGGGCCCCGGACCCUAACUGCUACUGUGCAAUAUUUCCGUCUGCACGCCGAUGAGACAUGCGAGGGGACGUUCGCUUCCUUAUUUUGGCUGUUGAAAAGUUAAUAUCGAUUUAUUGUCAACUAUUUACUUCGUGUACAAUGACGAGAAAAUUUCCCCUUCUGCAACCGGUUACUCUAAGGGUGUAGACUCUACCAAUUUUUAUGUGAUGUGUAUUAUAUGACAAGAUUUUUGUUGUAAUUUAUUUAUAUGAUAUGGGUAAUCAAAACCUGCCUCUAUUCAAAGGAUUCCUUUAGUUAAUAAUUGACUCAUUGUUUUGUUGUUGGUGAACCUUCAAACCAAAGAAGUGAUGUAUGAAUUCUAUACAUAUUAAGUGAUUUUCAUGUGCUAUA